AUGUCUUUCUUCGGCUUUGAUACGAAUCUCCCGAGAGACCGGGGCCACGCCUCCAAUGCUCCCGGUUUUGGCCAGCACGACGCCUUCGCCGCACUUGGUGGAGGGGCAGCCGAUGACGAUGUCAUCGACUUUGAGGAGACGUACGACGGCCUAGGCGACCAGCUCGACGACGAUGCCGAUGACCUCAACGACGACACCUUUGGCGGCGGCCCCGCCACGCAGCAGUCUGUUGGGAAACACUUCGAUUUCGCUGGCCAGACGUCCAUGGUAUCAAACACCCUGCAAGAGGAGCAGAUGCUGUACCAGGCUCGUCAGAAGUAUCCUCAGCAGCAGCAACAGCAACAGCAGCAGCAGCAGCAGUACCAACACCACCAGCAACAACAGUACCAGCAGAGACCGCCUGUCCCACAAGCGUCCAAACCUAACCGAACUGGCUACGAGAGCUACAAGGACCCCGAGUACAUCCCUCAGUUGGAGGCGCGCGCCGAUAUUUGGGGCCUCAAGCCGAAGCAACCAGCUGCACAGAGGCAACCUUCUCCGCAGCCCCCUGCCGCUUCGCAACAGCCUGCACCGACUAGAAAGGCCAUGAGCAUGGAAGAGGUCGAAGCCAUGAUGCGCGCCCAAUCCAUUGGUGCACCUCCAGUUCAACAGGCGCCACCUCCAGGCUUCCCAGGAUAUGCGCAACAACAGCAGUACCCGCAACAGCACCAGCAACACUUCUCACACGGUCAGCCCCAGUACCCCGGCAUGCCCGCUGGAGGUAUGCCAGGACAAUUUGCACCCCAGAUUCUGCAAAGGCCUCAACAGCAACAGCAGCCACCGAGACAGCAGCAGCAGCAGGUUCGAGCUGAGCUCCCCGAUCAACCCGUCCGCUCUCAACCGCCUCAACAGCCCACCAUCCUACAGCGACAGAGGCCUCAGGCCAACGAGCCCAGCGCCCAGCAGCAACGCCAGGCGCCACCCCAGGCACAGGCUCAGGCUCAAGGCCCACCUACACAGCCUCGACAGAUCUUGCAGAACCCGAACCGUCUGGCCGGUCAAGGCCAACCGAUGGUUCCAAACGCUCCGCAAGGCCCUCAAGCCGCUCGCGGUCUUCCGGCAGGUCACAACCGGGGUCCUUCGUUUCCCGGAAUGGUCAUCACACACCCCGAGCAACUCCUACAGCUUUCCGAGGCCGAGCGCGCGGCCUUCCUCGAGGAAGAUGCUAAACGAGCUAAGCGGAACCACAAGAUUGCUCUCUUGGCAAAGGACAACGGCCUGAUGACGCCGCAGGAUAAGAACUUCAUCACUCGAAUCCAGUUGCAGCAGCUGAUGACUGCGACCGGCAACUUGGAGGAAAGAGGACCCGAGGCGGCUAUUGCUGAGGACUUCUACUACCAGGUCUUCACCCAAAUUCGGGGUGCUCCACGUCAAAACCCUCACCAGCCAGCAAGCCAAUUUGCCCAGACUUACCUGUUCCAGACUAACAACCGGUUUGGCAACCGCAGACAAGGCCGAGGAGGUGACAACCACAUGCAACGCAUGGAGCAGCAGAUCCAGCGAGCAGUCGAGGCUGCCAAAGCGAGGCCAAAGGCUAGGCAGCUCGUUGUUGAAGGCAGCCUCGGAAAGAUUGCUUUCAGCAACUCCAAGACCCCACGACCACUGCUCAACCUCAAGCGACCGGAAACCAACGACAAGCUGCCGAAAAACCACAAGUCUUCCAUUGCUGAUCGGAAGGAAGCCCUCCGCAACAUCGAGGCUGUGUACAAGAACCUUAUGCAGAUGGAAGACCAUGAGCGGGCAAUGCCACCGCCGAUCCAAGAAAGCAGCCCUCCUGAAGCCAUCCAGGCGCACAUGGAGUGGCGAUCGAAGAUUGAGGCUCUCCACCAGCAACUUUGGCUAAACACCAAGAUCAUGGAGCCCAUCAACCCCAGGCAUGUGUCGAUAUCCCCCAAAGUCUCUUUCUCGCUAACAAUGACUAGCACACCGCAUCCCUUCAUCUCCAUCCUUUCACAUGCCAAGGGAAAGAAGGUGAUUCCGCGACUCUUCCGACACAUCAACGAGCAGGAGCGCAUCACCGUUGUCACCAUGAUUGUGGUUCAUCUGGAUGCUCUCUCCGUGGUUGGGCAUGCUAUCGCUACGCCCGAAGAGCCUUUGAGCGCAGCCAUCCGAGAAGAGGUUGACCUUUUCUCUCAGACCGUCAUGUCGCCUAUCCACGCACACAUCUCGGAAGCACCAUUGAACAUCGUCAUCGGUCUUCUUGGUCUUGUCUUGGACCGUACUAACCUCCACGUUGUGGCUCGCAGCAGGAUUGGUCUUACACUCCUCACGUUCCUCAUCUCCCGUGCUGAGCUUCUUAAGCAGUCAGCUCCUGAAAUGGUGACCGACUGGCAACAGUGGACAGCGCUCUACAACCGCCUGUUCGACGUCAUCGAGCCUGUUCUUCCCUAUCUGUUCCCUGGAAGCAUCAACGAUACCGACGAUAUGUACAUCUGGCAGUUCUUGGCUGCAAUGGGUGUGGGCGCCAGUCCCGAGCAGCAACAGCGUUUGGUACUCGGCGUCAAGGACCGUGUCAUGGAGACGGUCUCUGUUAGCAAGGCUUUACCUGCUGAGAUGGCAAGCGCACGUACAGCCAACGUGAACCUCUUCAUGAGGGCUAUCGGUUUAGAUGUGGAGCUGCUUGGAUGA